AUCGGUUUAUGGUUCUGCUUUGCGCUCAUUCGACUUUUGAAAUCCGCCUCGAACGCUUCGAAAAUUCACAGCGAGUCGGACGUGUGUGUGGAGCUGCGGCGUACGGUUUCUGUUUCUGUCUGUCUUGGUCUCCUUGGUCUUGCUCUUGCUCUUGGUCUCAUCCCCCGUGCGUGUGUGUGUGUAUAUUUGGAAGUAAGUUACCCCAAGAAAAAAUCGUCGGUGUUGCGGUUUUUCUUUGUCUCCCUGCCAAUUUCGUGUGACCCCCGAAACGAAAGUGCGACUCGCCGUGCGGUAAAGCAACAGCGAUCCAUAUCCAGAUCCAUAUAUAUAUCAGUUUAACUAAAUCCGCACCCACGACAAACAAAGCACCAUGAGCUGGCAAGAUUAUGUGGACAACCAACUCCUGGCCUCGCAGUGCGUGACCAAGGCGUGCAUCGCCGGCCACGACGGCAACAUUUGGGCGCAGUCCAGUGGCUUUGAGGUGUCAAAAGAGGAGCUCUCCAAACUGAUCAGCGGCUUCGACCAGCAGGACGGUCUCACCAGCAACGGCGUGACACUCGCCGGCCAGCGGUACAUUUACCUUUCCGGCACAGACCGCGUGGUGCGCGCCAAGCUCGGCCGGAGCGGAGUGCACUGCAUGAAGACAACACAAGCCGUGAUCGUUUCCAUCUACGAGGAUCCCGUUCAGCCCCAGCAGGCUGCUUCCGUCGUAGAGAAACUUGGAGAUUAUCUGAUUACUUGCGGGUACUAGGAGAAUAAAUCAACACAAACACCCCCAUCAACCACAACAACAACAUACACACACACACACCAACAACUACAACUACAACAGCAGCAACAAAUUUGAUAAGAGCGAACCGUAAAUGAACUAAUAACACAUAAAAAGUAAUUAUUAAUAUUUAAAUGUAUGGGAAAAAAGAAAACCAACGGCCAAGAAAGAAUUUGCGGUUUUUUGUGUGUAGCAGAGGAAAUGGAUCGAGUAAAAAUGCAUAUGCUUGAAAAAAAACAAAAAAAAAUGUCAAAAAACGCAAAUAAUUACCCAACUACAACAAAAUUAUAAAUUUCUGCAUUAUUAUAUUUAAAACAUUUUGGUUUAUACGAUAAAAAUAAAAGGAAAACACAAAACUAUAAAAUGGCCCCAAUAAUUAAGAAUUCAGUCCUCAGCUUUGAACGAAAUUUACCAAAAAACUAUAAAAAAGAAUAAUACAAAAAAAAAAAA